AUGAUUACAACCUCCCGAGAUCCCAGUUCCCGCCUUAAGAUGUUUGCAAAGGAGCUGAAGUUGGUGUUCCCUGGUGCCCAGCGCAUGAACCGUGGCCGGCAUGAGGUAGGAGCUCUGGUGCGAGCCUGCAAAGCCAAUGGGGUCACUGACCUGCUGGUUGUCCAUGAGCAUCGAGGCACACCCGUGGGGCUCAUUGUCAGCCACCUGCCCUUUGGCCCAACUGCGUACUUCACACUGUGCAACGUAGUCAUGAGGCAUGACAUCCCUGACCUGGGCACUGCAUCAGAGGCCAAGCCUCAUCUCAUCAUGCAUGGAUUCUCCUCCCGCCUGGGUAAGCGGGUCUCUGACAUACUCCGCUACCUCUUCCCUGUGCCCAAAGAUGACAGCCACCGGGUCAUCACCUUCGCCAACCAGGAUGACUACAUCUCCUUCCGGCACCACGUAUACAAGAAGACCAACCACCGCAAUGUGGAGCUGACUGAGGUUGGACCGCGCUUUGAGCUGAAGUUGUACAUGAUCCGCCUGGGCACGCUGGAACAGGAGGCCACUGCAGACGUAGAGUGGCGCUGGCACCCCUACACCAACACCGCACACAAGAGAGUCUUCCUGAGUGCUGCGUGA